AUGCCGUCUGGUUCAGCUGGUGUUGAGAGCACUGACCUGCCUGCCCCUCUCCCAGAGGCGGAUCUGCACACCGCGCCGCCGAGUCGCGUCCUCGACCAGUGGUUCAGCACCGUGGCACUGGUGCCUCGGAAUCCAUUAGCAGAGCAAAAGGAACUGCGAAUAGAGUUUCUUGUAGGGUGCUUUGAGUGUUGCAUCAAAUGCCUGGGGGGUAUUCCCUAUGCGUCUUUGAUUGCCACCAUCCUGCUGUACGCGGGAGUCGCGCUCUUCUGUGGUUGUGGACAUGAAGCGCUUUCAGGAACUGUCAACAUUCUGCAAACCUACUUUGAGAUGACAAGAUCUGCAGGAGAUGUUAUUGAUGUCUUUACCAUGAUUGACAUCUUCAAGUAUGUGAUAUAUGGUGUAGCAGCUGCAUUCUUUGUAUAUGGCAUUUUGCUGAUGGUGGAGGGAUUCUUUACAACUGGUGCCAUCAAGGAUCUCUAUGGGGAUUUCAAAAUCACCACUUGCGGCAGAUGCGUCAGUGCCUGGUUUAUUAUGCUGACAUACAUCUUUAUGUUGGCCUGGCUCGGCGUUACAGCUUUCACUUCUCUGCCUGUUUACAUGUACUUCAAUCUGUGGACCAUUUGCCGAAAUGCCACUUUAGUGGAUGGAGCUAAUCUCUGCUUGGAUCUUCGCCAGUAUGGUAUUGUAACUAUUGGAGAGGAAAAGAAGAUUUGCACUAUGUCAGAAAGUUUCAUCAAGAUGUGUGACUCUAAUGAGCUAAACAUGACGUUCCACUUGUUCAUUGUGGCGCUCGCCGGAGCUGGAGCAGCAGUCAUUGCUAUGGUUCAUUAUCUCAUGGUCUUGUCUGCUAACUGGGCCUACGUGAAAGAUGCCUGCAGAAUGCAAAAGUAUGAGGAUAUUAAGUCAAAGGAGGAACAAGAGCUUCACGAUAUUCAUUCUACUCGCUCUAAAGAGCGGCUCAACGCGUACACAUAA